GCUUAAAAGGGGCUAGAACCACAUCCUCCCCAGACAGAGCCCCGGCACAACCUUCCUGUGUGGUUUCAGCCGCCGAGAGAGUCAUGGACCUGGGGAAGCCAAUGAAGAACGUGUUGGUGGUGGCCCUUCUCGUCAUUUUCCAGGUGUGCCUCUGCCAAGAUGAGGUCACAGACGAUUACAUCGGAGACAACACCACGGUGGACUACACGCUGUACGAGUCCGUGUGCUUCAAGAAGGACGUGCGGAACUUCAAAGCCUGGUUCCUCCCGAUCAUGUACUCCAUCAUUUGCUUCGUGGGCCUUCUGGGCAACGGGCUGGUCAUGCUGACUUACAUCUAUUUCAAGAGGCUCAAGACCAUGACUGAUACGUACCUGCUCAACCUAGCCCUGGCAGACAUUCUCUUCCUUCUGACCCUCCCCUUCUGGGCAUACAGCGCAGCCAAGUCCUGGGUCUUUGGGGUCCAUGUUUGCAAGCUCAUCUUUGGCAUCUACAAGAUAAGCUUCUUCAGUGGCAUGCUCCUGCUGCUAUGCAUCAGCAUCGACCGCUACGUCGCCAUCGUCCAGGCCGUCUCGGCCCACCGCCACCGUGCCCGCGUCCUUCUCAUCAGCAAGCUCUCCUGCCUGGGCAUCUGGAUGCUGGCCAUAGUGCUCUCCACCCCAGAGGUGAUGUACAGCGGGAUCCAGAAGAGCAGCAGCGAGCAGGCACUGCGGUGCUCCCUCGUCACCGAGCACGUGGAGGCCUUGAUCACCAUCCAGGUGGCCCAGAUGGUGGUAGGCUUCCUGAUCCCCCUGAUGGCCAUGAGCUUCUGCUACCUCGUCAUCAUCCGCACCCUGCUCCAGGCACGCAACUUCGAGCGCAACAAGGCCAUCAAGGUGAUCAUUGCCGUGGUCGUGGUCUUCGUAGCCUUCCAGCUGCCCUACAACGGUGUGGUUCUGGCCCAGACAGUGGCCAACUUCAACAUCACCAGUGGCACCAGCUGCGAGCUCAGCAAGCAACUCAACAUCGCCUACGAUGUCACCUACAGCCUGGCCUGCGUCCGCUGCUGCGUCAACCCUUUCUUGUACGCCUUCAUCGGUGUCAAGUUCCGCAGCGACCUCUUCAAGCUCUUCAAGGACCUGGGCUGCCUCAGCCAGGAGCAGCUCCGGCAGUGGUCUUCCUGCCGGCACACCCGGCGGUCCUCCAUGAGCGUGGAGGCUGAGACCACCACCACCUUCUCCCCGUAGGAGGCACCUCUACCGGGACUAGAGGGACCUCACCCAGGGCCCCUCGGAUCAGGGACAUGGAGCAGGAGAUCCAACAGCUGCUGAGGGAAAGGCCAGUCUGGCUAUUAAGGUUUAUCUCAUGAUGAAAACCUGAGCCGCAGAAGACAGAAUGCCAACCCUCGCUAGCUACCUCAACCAAGGCUGCAAAGAGACGUGGUUGAUAAGCUACCCCAGAUCCUGCAACACUCCAAAACCAAGACCAUUAUCCUCUAAAUCCCAAAACCAGAGGGGAAAGUCAAGAAACAGCUCACACCUCGCAAAGUGAAGGGGAGCAGGUGUUGGUGAGAUCUAGGUGGUGGAAGGGGCCCAGCGAGCAUUCCAGAUCAAUGUUCUUCUCAAAAGAAGUCCUCCCCAAGACUCAAGGCAAGGUCUUCCAGAAAGCCAGACUUUGUCCCCAAGACCAGAGACCAUGGGGAGAUUUCUCGCCUGAGCAGGGGAACAAGGAUGCCAGUGGGUCAAACUAACUCUCUGAAUCCCUGCCUCCAUCUCUCUUUUUCCUCUGCCAUCCGAGCCAGCAAGAAUCGGCAGCCUCCAAGCCUCCUAAAAGCAUACUGAGCCCUCGCCCACCACCUCUCCUCGGGCUCUCCACGCUGAAGGGGUGUGGUGCUUCCCACAGGCCAGGCCGCUAAGCCAUAUUCCCAGCCAGGAUUCUAGGGCAGAGAUGAAGUAUGGCCGGCCCAUCUCAGGUCUCAACUCGGCUCUGAAGGGAGGAGCAGGCAAGGAGAAAGGUUAGGGGCCGGGGGUGGGUGACGGUGCUGCCUGCCGCCAGCCAAUGCGCUGCUGCUUUGUUCUUUGCCACAGGGACAAAACAUCUCUCAUCCUGUUCUGCUUUCAGUUCAUUAAGAGAGCACAUUUUACUCAUUAGAAAUAAAACUUGUCCCUGGAGGAAACAACUUUAAAAGAAAGGGAAAAAAGUGUUUUUCAGUAAAUGGCAAAUGAGUGUGUUCUUGUUUUGCAAACACCACACCCCACCUGACCACCCCCACAGCCCUUUUCUCCCCCAGGCUUCAUUGUUCAGAGAUGCUCAGAGCCACAAGGUCUGCUUGAGCUAUGCUCUGAGCCCUUCCAAUGACACAGGCCCUUAGUGGCUGAACAAGGGAGGAGGGGCAGCAGGACAGGGUGUCCAGCUUGCAAACACCUUCCAGAGCUCACGGGACCCAAGCCUAUGCAGUCAGCAGUGAUCUAGAGACACAGUCUGAGCCGAGCUCUGAAAAGAACCAAGUUAUCUCUGUAGCGUCUACGGCUGGGAACCCUCUCUGACCCUUAGCAGCACUUCCACACUGUCCUGUUCAUCUAUCCCAGCUCAGUCUGGAACUGGAGCCCCUGUCCCUUAAGUCAGUCUCCCCAGGCUCCCAAAUGGUAUUUAGAGGGAGGACCUCCCCCCGACACCCAUCUGCCGUGGCAUCCUGGAUCCAGGGGGCUUGAGAUGGGACCCACGUGAUACAUCCUGUACUGGAUGCUUGGGAGUCAGGUCUGCCCUUGACCCUUCCUGGCCACUAUUGCAACAAUGGCCUUCCAUUGUGUGGACACCCAUUGUGGAGGGGAAGGGAUCAAGGAACAGCCACUGAUCCCAUCACAGGCCCAGGAUCCAUGUCACUGGGUGUUCUGAUGCCUGCCCAGUCCCCGGCUUCUCCAAGCCACAGAGGUUAGUCCAGCCUGUGAUGUAUGAGGAGGUGUCUGAAGGACCUGGUGCUAUAAUAGCUCAGGGUCUGGAGGUGGGAGGGAGCUGAAACACUCAUGAAAAGGUGAUUCCAUCAAUUUUCCAAAGUGAAAAGAGCCUCAUUGGGAAAAGAGCCUGCCUGGAAAUGAAAACCGUUCUCUCAUCUCAUAAGCACAUUGCGGUACCCUCCUCCACCGGCUGCACUGGGCUCGAGCCGGGACCGGCACCCUGAGAAGGAUGAGGCUGGCACAUGGUGCCGUGGCACCAGCAGCCACAUUAAUAUUAAUCAGCGCAGCUGCCAUGGUGGGAGGGGUGACCCCAGAACAACUGCGGGCCUUGAGAGGAGCGUGCCGGGACGUAAGGGUGGGAACGCUGGUGUGUACAUCCUAGUGAACUUACACGUGGGAAAAUAGCCUCCAUUCCUGAAAGGGAGGAAUGCAACAGAGCCGUCAUGAGCAGGAAGCCAGGCCAACCGCACAAACACGCCACCUCGGCUUCAAAUACGUUUUUCUAAAAUACCUCCAAGUAUUUGCAAAACCCCCAGCAAUGUCCAUUCCCCACAGUGCUGUGUCUCAGAAGCACUGACCUCAGCUCAGUGCUGGCCUGGUCGCUGCUCGCUUGCACAACGCCCUCUACCCUGAGGUGGGACAGGGGCCUAGGAUGAAGGAAGGGACUCACUGGGAACACCCAGGGCCUCUCUCUUUCUCUCUCAUCUGCUUCAUGGUUCACAGCCCCACGACCCCUCCGAAACUCCCCUUAUUUCCAUCACCAGUGCUUUGCCCCCUCUUCCUUCUCAGCUACAACCCCAGGCUAUAAAUCUGAUUUUUUAGCCUGAAGCUGCACAUCUCUUGAACCAUGGAUUCAUGGAGCUGCAAGGAACCUCAAAGAUCAGCUGGCCCAACCUCUAAUCAUUCUCUAGUUGGGAAAAUUGAGGUCCGGGGGAGGAACUGAUUUGCCUAAAGAGCACUGCAACAUGGGGAAGUAGGUAAACUUGCUUUGGGGACUUGAGGAUCUGGCAGGACUGCAGGAGGUGGGUGAGGGAGAGUGGAGACGCUGGAGCCCAACCGACUUGGACUCUCAUCUCUGCUGCUUCCCAGCUGUGUGACCUUCAGCUGUUGCUCAACUGCUCUGAGUCUCAGAUUUCUCAACAGCAAAAUGGAGAGGAUUUGGCAAACAUGUAGCACAAUGCCCGGAAUGCCUGGAACUCGGACUCUGCAGCCAGACCUCCUGGUUUGAAUCUCAGCUGCACUACGUGGGCUGGAUCCUUAGUCUCUCUGUGCCUCGGUCUUCUAAUCUGUGUAAUGGGGAUGGGGGUCCCCAGGCGGCGCUAGUGGUUAAGAACCCACCUGCCAAUGCUGGAGAUGUAAGAGACGCAAGUUCGAUCCCUGGGUCGGGAAGAUCCUCUAGAGGAGGGCACAGCAACCCACUCUAGUAUCCUUUCCUGGAGAAUCCCAUGGACAGAGAAGCCUGGUGGGCUACAGUUCAUAGGGUUGCACAGAGUCGGACACAACUGAUGUGCCUUAGCAUGCACAUAAUGUAGAUGACCAAAGAACCUACCUCUUAGGAUGGUUCUGAGCAGUAAAUGAAUUCCUAUAUGUAAAAUGCUUGGACAUCCUUAAAAAGGAUUGUUGGUAAUCAUUAAAAUGUUCAAUAAAUGAUAGAUUUUUAAAAGUUA